AUGAAAGGAGUAUGCAAAACUGCCGGGGAGCUUUUGGCUGAGUACUGUUUUGGGCUGGUGUGUGUUGCUGCAGGACCAUGGGGACAGAUAUGUGCCGGGAAUCCUAUGAACAAAGCAAGGGGCUGUGAUGGAUAUGGCUGUGGAUAUUAUGCAGCUCCAAGAAAGGACGGUCGAAGAAAGCACCUAGGGGUGGAUGUUAUAUGCAGAGAUGGCUCAACAGUGUAUGCUCCUUUCACUGGCACGAUUGAGAGACGAAUUAACCCCCAUGGAGGGAGCAGUGUCAUUGAUAAUGGUGUCCAACUUCGUGGAUCAGGUUUCUGUGUCCAGAUGUUCUAUAUCAGGCCUGUUAAAUACAGAGGUCGGAUCAACAAGGGGCAAACCAUUGGAGAAAUGAUGCCAAUGCAGAGAGUAUAUCCUGGUAUAACAUCUCAUGUUCAUGUCCAGAAAUGUAACCGCUUUAAUGUCACUCUCUGCAAAAUGUUCCCACUCAAAUUGAUUGUUUUUAUUGCCUUGGUUUCCAUUGUUGUUGCAGGACCAUGGGGACAAAUAUGUGCUGGGAAUCCUUCAAACAAAGUAAGGGGCUGUGAUAUCAAAGGAUGUGGAAAUUACGGCGCUCCAAGGAAAUCAAGAGAUGGCACCAUAAGACGACAUCUAGGGGUGGAUGUUGUAUGCAACGAUGGAUCAACAGUGUAUGCUCCUUUUAGUGGUACUAUUGAGAGACAAGUUAUCCCCUAUAAAAUCAAUAAUGCCAUUAAUAAUGGAAUCCUACUCCGUGGAUCAGGUUUCUGCGUAAAAAUGUUCUAUAUCAAGCCUGUUAAAUACCAAGGCCAGAUCGCAAAGGGCAACAAAAUUGGAGUAAUGCUGCCAAUGCAAAGAGUGUAUCCUCGUAUAACAUCUCACGUUCACAUUGAGAACUGUGACAAAUCAGAUCCUACUAGUAACUUAUAAAUGCAAAGUUACAUGAAAUGAAAAGGUACAAAAUUUCAAACAAAAUCAACUGAGCAAACAAAAACAAGUUUCUUUCCUCCUUCCCAGAGACGCUGCCAAAAAAAUGUAAUCCACGGGAAAGGAAAAGAUGUAUUAUGUAUACAGCAAAAUAAAAAUGUGUAUGUCAA